AUGGCAGGAGGGAAAAAGAAAAACAAGGUUUCUGCUGGUAGUGUUGGGGCAAUCCAGGCAUCCAAAUCAUUUGCAGUUGUUUCGGAGAACAAGGAGCCUAAACUUGAUUGCAGUCAAUGGCCACUAUUGUUGAAGAAUGUUCAUCUGAUGAAUGUCCGAGAAUGCCAUUUUGAGGCAGAUACCACAGGAUACUCUCCUCUACACAGACCCUUAGACGAAUACAUCAAGAGUGGAGUCAUCAACCUUGACAAACCAUGCAAUCCAUCCUCACACGAAGUAGUUGCAUGGGUUAAAAGAGCUCUCGGAGUCACUAAAACUGGUCACAGUGGCACACUGGACCCUAAAGUCUCUGGUUGUCUUAUGGUUUGUAUUGACCGUGCCACUCGCCUGGUCAAGUCUCAACAGAGUGCUGGUAAAGACUAUAUAUGUAUAUUCCGACUACACAAACCUGUGGAUGAUGUGAAGCGUAUACAGAAAGCUGUGGAGAGUCUGACAGGAGCUUUAUUCCAGCGGCCUCCACUUGUCGCGGCGGUCAAGCGUCAGCUUAGAGUUCGUACUAUUUAUGAGUGCAGAUUAUUGGAGUACAACAAGGAAGAAUGUUUAGGACUGGUGAAGGUGAGAUGUGAGGCUGGAACAUACGUUCGAACGCUGUGCGUACAUAUCGGUCUCCUCCUCGGUUGUGGAGGUGUUAUGGAAGAGCUGAGGCGGACACGGAGUGGUUUCAUAUCAGAAUCAGACAAUUUAGUUACAAUGCAUGAUGUUCUAGACGCCAAAUGGCUAUAUGAAAACAGGCGUGAUGAGACUUAUCUACGUCGUGUCAUAAUGCCACUCGAGAAGCUGCUCAUCAAACACAAGCGUAUUAUGCUCAAGGAUACGGCAGUGUGUGCUAUAUGCUUUGGCGCAAAACUAAUGUUGCCUGGCGUACUACGUUAUGACAACGACAUUAAUAUAAAUGACGAAAUAGUCUUGAUGACCACCAAAGGCGAGGCUGUAGCCCUUGCUAUCGCUCUGAUGACUACUGCUACCAUUGCAACGUGUGACCAUGGAUUGGUUGCUAAAUUGAAAAGAGUUAUAAUGGAACGUGAUCUAUACCCUCGACAAUGGGGUCGUGGUCCUGUGGCUAUGGAGCGGAAGAAACUUGUUGCUCAAGGAUUGUUGAGAAAGUUUGCCAAACCUGGUGAAGUCAUGAGUACUCCAAACUCCGUUGGCGUGAAUCAGAACUCUAAAAAGGCGAAGACGGAAGAGUCAGCGGAAAAUCCAAUGCAAAAAGUGAAAGUUCCAAAACUUUCUGAGUCCGGCGAUACAAGUAAUGACGAAUCUGUAAGACAAGAAGCGGAUGCUGAAGAAGUGUCCUCGGACGACAGCGAUUAA